AUGCAUUCCACAACCAACGCGUAUGCGUCGGAGCCAGCCGUCCCGCUUCUGGCUCAUUCACUACUCCAACACGAUGUCGCGACGGCGGAAGAUCCACCGAACACCGAGUCCGCGCCAACAAACCCCAGCCUUUCAAACCCGGACUGGAAUCUUGAACACGACAUCAGAAACGGAGUUGAGUAUCCGCCAAUGGGUAUAUUCGGCCCUGGGACCGUCAUCGGCUUCUCAUUCAUGAGGAAUGACUCCAAGGAGGGCGAUGACCUCGACCACAUAGGACAGAUUCCUCGAUAUCUCUUAGCAGCGCGCUUGCGGCAAUCGGCCCAAUGUCCUAAUACUAACCCCAGCGCAUUCAUUAUCUACCCGGCACACUUUGACGCCUUCUCGCCGGAGAAACUCCUAGAAUCGCUCCUCUCCGCGUCGCAGUCACCCACCCUCUCCCGCUCAGAUGCAAUCUCCCGCCUCGACUCCGUCCAGCUAAUUCCAGUCUUCGACUUUUCCGCCGCCUCGCAAGCCCUCCACCAAAUCGAGGAUAGCCUCUCACUUCAGCAGCCAGAUCAAAAUGUCACACUCAUAAUUGCCGGACUCGACAGCCUCACCGAAGGCGUCAUCCGCGCCUCAAACGCAGUCCGCGGAGCCGCCGUUUUAACCAGCGUGAUGCGAACGCUGACGCAGCUGUCUCGAACGCACAGCAUGCACCUGUCUAUCGUGCUGGUCAACACCGGCGGCCUUGGCCAGCUAGCUCCAUCCUACAACCCCAGACCUUCAACUGAUGACAGCCAACACCAUCCCGCCGCAGACGAUGCGAAAACACUCGAUCACGGGAUCGAUACUCACCUUUUGCUGUCGGUUGUGCGGGGUCAGGCCUGCGUGGUGGAGGUCAUUAAAGACCGGGUGGGUGAUGGGGUUGGUAAAUGGCGAACGAACCUGCUGUUCAACGAAUCAUGA